AUGGCCUGGUUCUUCGAGAGUGAGCAUGAGCACGUCGCCGCCGUCACAACUGCUACCCAGGGAAACAUCACCACCACAACUCUCCCGGUGCAGCGAGGCCUCCGAGGCCAGCGGGGCCGAGGGGGGGCGCUGCUGAGCGGAAAAAGCUGCCGCUCUAUGGUUCCCGGGGCCGCUCUGCACCGCCGCUCUAUGGCCUUGGAGGACCGUGAGGAACCGGCGGGGUUCCGCCGCGGCGGUUCUAUGGCGGUGGCGGUGCUGCGGCCUCUGGAGGCCCCGCCGGCCGAGCUGGCCCCGGUCACCGCGUUGCUGUUGGUGUGGGUGAGCCGGCGGGGUUUGCUGGCCCUGGGGCUGUUCCAAGGGGAGUGGGUGCGGGUGGGGGCCGAAGGGACGGCCCGUCAGCAUUUGGCGGCCCUUCUGGCUCGCCCCCCGGCCUGGGAGUACCCGAGGGCCCCCCGCCGCGGGCCCCCCGACAGCGCCGCCCUGCUGGCCCCCGCACUGGCCUUCAACUUGGGCUGCGACCCCGCCGCCCCCGCCGCCAACCUCCGCCUGCAGAGGUACGAAGGGUCCGGCGCCGCCGAUGGGAAGGGCAGCCGGUCGGUGCUGUCCGUGCCCCCUUUUGCCAAGGAGCUGCACCUGGAGAUGGUCUGCUCGCCCGCCUACAGCGCCCAGGGGGGCUACGACCGCCUCCUCUACAAGCACUUCAAAACGCCCCGGCUUGUCCAGGAGGGAGACAUCCUAUGUGUUCCGACGUUUGGAUACGCCGAGUUUUUAGAAGCAAAUGCAGACAAAUUUCCAAGGUGGCCAGAGCUUUACUUCAAAGCGAGGAAGAUUUUAGGCAUGGUGGAAAGCGAGAAGUCUGAGGGUUACCUGGUGGACACCCAGAACACCUCUGUCUAUCUGGUGGGUUCGACAAACAGCGCGGUCCCGUCUAGCCCAGCCUAUAACAGCCAUGAGUUCUGGAGCAGUUUGUCUCCUGCUGGCCUUUCUGAUGUUGUGAAGCAGCUCUGUGAUGCUCUUCAGCCUCACCUGAACAGUCGGGCAAGUGCACUGAGCGGGGCUGGCAGCGUUCUCCUCUCGGGGCCAAGUGGCAGUGGGAAGGUGAUGGCUGUCAGAGCUGCCUGUAGCUGCCUCAACCUCCACCUCUUCAAGGUCGAUUGCGUUAGUUUGUGCGGUGACACCAGCGGAGCCACACAGGAGAAAGUACAGGUGGCCUUCACCCAGGCCCAGCAAUAUCGUCCGUGUGUGCUCCUGCUGAAAGACAUCGAGGUGCUUGGCAGAGACCGGGACAGGCAAGGAGAGGACGCCAGGGUCAUCGCUACUCUGAGGCAGCUGCUCCUGGACAGAGACCCAUCGCUGAGCCACCCCGUCCUGGUGAUCGGCACAACCUGCAAACCCCAGGAUGUUCCUACAGACGUGCAGACUGCUUUCCUCCACGAGGUGAAAAUCGAAGCCCUUUCAGAAGAGCAGAGGAGGUCGAUGCUGAGCAUGCUGACUGCCAGUCUGCCUCUGGGCAAAGAAGUGAGCCUGUCCAAGCUGGCCCGCAGGACUGCAGGUUUUGUGCUGGGAGAUUUCUGUGCCCUGUUGUCCCACAGCAGCCGGGCUGCUUGUACCCGCAUCCAGGCCUUGAGUUUUCCUGGCGGACUGAGCGAGGAAGCGGAGAGAGAUUUUUGCACUGCCGGGUUCCCGGUGCUGGAGGAGGAUUUUGGCCUCGCGCUGGACCAGCUGCACGACGCACAUUCGCAGGCGGUGGGAGCCCCAAAGAUCCCCUCCGUGUCCUGGCAGGAUGUUGGUGGGCUCCAGGAGGUGAAGAAGGAGAUCUUGGACACUAUCCAGUUGCCCCUGGAGCACCCGGAGCUGCUCUCACUGGGUCUUUGCCGCUCUGGUCUGCUGCUGUAUGGGCCUCCAGGGACAGGGAAGACUUUGCUGGCAAAAGCAGUGGCAACCACGUGUGCCAUGACAUUCCUUAGUGUGAAAGGGCCAGAGCUGAUCAACAUGUACGUGGGGCAAAGCGAGGAGAACGUGCGUGACGUAUUCGCCAGAGCCAGGGCAGCUGCUCCCUGCAUUAUCUUCUUUGAUGAACUGGAUUCCCUGGCCCCGAGUCGUGGGCGGAGUGGAGAUUCGGGGGGUGUCAUGGACAGAGUCGUCUCGCAGCUCCUGGCUGAGCUUGAUGGCCUUCAUUCCACCAGAGAAGUUUUUGUCAUUGGAGCUACGAACAGGCCUGACCUCCUGGACCCAGCUCUGCUCCGGCCGGGCAGGUUUGACAAGCUGGUCUACGUGGGCAUAAAUGAAGACCGGGAGUCGCAGCUGCAGGUGCUGAGCGCCGUCACCAGGCGGUUUAAACUAGAUCCAUCCGUGAACCUCACCACCAUCCUAGAAAAAUGCCCGGCUCAGCUGACGGGAGCAGACAUCUACGCCCUGUGCUCGGACGCCAUGAUGUGCGCUGUCAAACGCAAGGUGGAAUGGAUGGAGGAAGGGCUGGACGCCGAGAGCUCUGCUCUGAUCCUGACCAUGGAGGACUUCCUGCAGGCUGCUGCGAGGUUGCAGCCCUCCGUCUCUGAGCAGGAGCUGCUCAGGUACAGACUCAUCCAGCAGAAGUUUGCUGCCUGCUGAUGUUGUCCUGGUUUGAUGCUCAGUGGAGCCGGGACUGGAGGAGUGAUGGGGACGGCGUGUUCAGGGGGGUGCGAGAGAACAGGCACCCACCUUCUCUCCUCUGGGUAUCUCCUGACGCCCCCCUCUAUCCCCCUUCUUUUGAGCUUGGGUGGAAAACCGGCCAUCCAAGUUUUUUGAGCCCAGUGGAGGGGCUGCUCUGCUCAGCCAAGCUGGUGGUGGCUUCUGUAGUGGAGCCUUCACGUCUCGGGGAGCACUUUGUGGCUGCUGGGAGCACCCCGGGGUGACUUCCCUGCGCCGAGUCUCGUUGGUUGUGGGCGAUGUGGCAGUGUCUCCACAGGUGACAGAGCACUGGUGGGGCAGCAAGGCCCCAAAUGCACCCAGUGUGGCAGCAAGAAGGGAUGGGGUGGGGGGGGCUGGAGGCAGUUGCUUGUUUGGGGUGUCAGCCCCCGGUGAGGGGGGGCUGGCUGGAGGGCAGCAGGACAUGAGGUGCUGCUGCUGCAGGUGGCCUGGGCUCAACGUGGAAUUAAAAUAUGGGUUUUUGGCACUAGGUGUUCACUG